GACCACUUUCCGGUUGUUAACAAACCCGGAUUGGUGUGAGUAGUGUUGGCUUUGUACAUGUGUAAUGGUGCGAGCCUUCUCCGAUAUCAGACCGUUCUUAUCAGUGUUUAGUGUAUUUAUUUUACUUGUCCAGCAACAAACCGCCCCGAAGAGUUAGUCGACGACCGAAACACAACCGUACCAGGUCCCACUUGUGAGAGCGUCUGAAAGAAACUGUUCCGUUCUAACGAUUCGUUAGUUUAUUUUAUUUUUUUUUACCGUUUAUUAACACCCGCAGUACAGCAUGAACACAGGAUUUAACUGGAUUCCGUGGACUUCGCACCAGGGCAUACCACCGGUAGCGGUGUACGCCGGAAAUGAUCAGGACGGUUCACCGAUCUAUGUUGGCCGAGCGUACCAUGAGGGUGAUCAGCUACCGGCAAAGGUGAUUCCUUCCAAACAGGCAGCUUACGUUUCGCACAAUGGAAUGGAAAUUUUCAAGACACACUUUGAGGUCCUUACGGGUACUGGAUUCACCUGGGUCGGUAGUGGAAAUGGGCAUGUACCGGCUGGUGCUGUUCUGGCCGGUAGUACGACCACCGGUGAGCAGCUGUACGUUGGACGUACACAUCACGAGGGCAGUUUGACACCGGGUAAGAUACACCGGUCUCACGGAUGUCUCUACAUUCCGUUCAACGGUGCGGAACAAAGCUUCCUGUCGUAUGAAGUUCUCGUUGGACAGCAGCGUUCGACCUGGCAAAACUGUUCGGCACAUGCACCGAUGCCACCGAACGCUAUCCUGGCGGGACACGAUUCGGACAGCUCACCGAUUUACGUUGGACGGGCGUACCACGAGGGUGAUCAGCUCCCGGCAAAGGUGAUGCCAACGAAGCAGAUCGCGUACGUCUGUCACAAUGGAAUGGAAAUUCCGAAACAUUCGUACGAGGUGCUGGUCGGUGGUAACGUGUCCUGGAUACCGUCCGGAUUCGGUAGCGUACCGCCGAACGCUGUCUUUGGUGGACGCACUUCGACUGGCGAGGCGUUGUACGUUGGCCGGGCACAUUACAUGGGCAGUUUGACACCGGGUAAAAUUCACCCAAGUCACCAAACGCUCUACAUACCGUACGGUGGCAGUGAGAUCCCGAUCAAGAACUACGAGGUGCUGAUCGAAAACUGAGCAUUGUUUCCAGUGGCCCAUUCUUUCCGGGAUAAAAUGGUCGAACUAGUAUCAUAAAUGCGUUUGUAGUUGUUUUUUUUCUUCAAUUUCUAUUUGAUCAUCAAACACACACACACAGACAGACAGUUAUGUAGGUUGGGUUUAUGAGAGUGGGCGAUCAUCUUUUUGUCUUCUUGGAGAUACGUUUACGGAAAUUGCAAAGUUGUCCAUUAAAAUGUGCAAUCCUUUGUCGUGUCGGGAUUUUUCUUUACCUGAUCCAGCAAAACGAGCUCGUAAGUAAUGAUCGUUCCGGCCAUCUGUAGGUAGAGAGAUGUAAUCAAUAACAGUGCAAUUACAAGCUUCAAUAAAUAAAUUUCCAAUUAAAAA